UAGAAUAUUCUACGUACAGCUAGGGCAGCUUAUAAAGGGAGACCUCUUAGCGAAGGUUUAGGGUUUAUCGAUUGGUAUGGGGCGACGCUACAUCACCGAAGGGGCGACGAGAGCGAGCUCGCACUGCGAUAGCGGCGAGCGACGAAUAAUGAAGAGGAGCAGGGAUUCAAGCGUGGAUGAUAAGAAAGCCCUAAGAAAGGUAGCUAAGAAGAUGAAAGCAGUCUCGGGCUACAGCAAUCCCUUCGACUUGACUGAAUUGUUUGUGUGGAGGAAGAAGAUCAAACGCGACUUUGCGAAGAAAACACUGAAGGUGGAAGUUGAGAGGCAGGAGGAGCGAAUGAAGGAAGCCGAGAUGGAAACCGAGAAAUGGGAAGAACGAGCUAUGGAGAAAGAAGAGGAAGAGAAAGCAAGGGAGCGAGAGAACGACCGGGAAGACGAGUGUCUCUACAUGAGAGUCACGACGACUGAUCUUCUAUCCAGGCUCGUCGGCCUGAGGAUGGCCGAGCCUUCCCACAUCUUCAAGGGCCUUGGCGUGAAAGCAAUGGAGGAGCUACUUGGCAAAUUUCGCUUGCAUUUGGAGGCGAACAAGAAAAAUACCGAGCUCUGGGAGGCCAUGACGGUUGUCUGCGACUCAGAGCUAGCAGAAGCACGAAAGAUAGAGGCUGGAGCUCGCGGUGGAGUGGACCAUUUGGUGCUUGACAAUGCUGGACUCCAUACUAGCAAUGUGAACACUUCCCUCAUAAACAUGAGCUCUCGUCAACUCCAGGAAGAGCAAGAAAAUAUUGAAGAAAAACUAAGAUCUGGAUCAGCCAAGAACGUCGAGUUCUGGAAGAGAGUGCGCGUCUUCAAAGCCAAGGCACGGCUCCGAGAAAUAGCCAUGGAUCUUCUAGCGCAGCAGCACCACGAGAUUUCAGGCGAGAAGGUUAUAGAGGAAGCGAUGCCUGAGCCGAUUCCUCGUCAAGCGGUUCGAGGAGUGUCUGGCGCCAGCAGAGGGAAACACUAGAGCAUUCAAUCGAUUGAAACGGCUCAAGCAAGAGAAUCAAUUUUUCUAUAUGUAAAAUGAUUUUAGUCAAAUUGGCCGUGAGAUUUUGCAGUUUACUGCCUCUUUUUUAUGCAAAAUUGGACAUUUGUUUCUUCUUGCA